GGGAAUAAGAAAGUCAGCUUCGCUCAGGAGAAUAGAAGUGGGAUUUAUGUGUUGAAAAAAGAGAAAAAGUCCGAUUUAGAGCUUUGAUCCCAAUGUGGAAGUGAAAAACGUCAUCAUGGUCAUGGCUGAUCGAAAUUUUGAAGAAAUGCGGAAUGGAAGGCGGUCUCGGGGUGGAAGCCCGAUCAGUAACUUUUCUGACGACAGCAGCGCCGCAGAGGACUCAGAUCACGAUAACGGUAUGCGUGUUGGCGAUGAAUAUCAAGCUGCAAUUCCCGAGUUCAACCCAGACCACAAACCAGAGAGCAGAGCAGAAGCCAUGUUGGUGUGGGCUCCAAGUAUUGAACUUUCAGAAGGAAAAAUUGACGAGUAUGUUCAUAUAGCCAAGGAGAAGCAUGGAUACAACACAGAACAGGCAUUGGGGAUGUUAUUUUGGCAUAAACACAAUGUUGACAAGGCACUAUCUGACCUUGCUAACUUCACACCUUUCCCAGAUGAAUGGACGGUGGAGGAUAAAGUGCUGUUUGAGCAGGCUUUCAGCUUCCACGGCAAGAGCUUCCACAGAAUUAGACAAAUGUUACCAGACAAAUCCAUUGCCAGUUUGGUGAAAUACUAUUACUCGUGGAAGAAGACUCGCUCACGUACCAGUCUCAUGGACAGACAAGCCAAGAAACUGGCUGGUAGCAAAGAUGACAGUGAUGGUUCUGAUGAUGGUAGUGGAAGUCCAGGCAGUGAUGGAGAAAAUAACAAAGAAAAUGGGCAUGAACGAACGAAGGGUGGCUGCUCCAAUUGUAACAUUCCUACCUCUCAGGUACAUUCAACACCAAAGGGAUCCCUCUGUAACUCCUGCUAUCAGUACUGGAGAAGAACAGGAGUGAUGCGAUCCUCUGGAUCCAAACGACAUGAACAGCAGCAUGGUGUGAGACAUGCACCUUACAAACACAAGCGAAAGCCACCACGGGGAAUGUUCCUGAAUAAUGAAGACCUGCAGUCUAUUGUUACCGGUCCACCUGGCCAAGGGGAGGCUAUCCUGAAAUCACUGGACUCUGAACUGGUCUCCCUUAAGCGACAGGUACAAAAUAACAAGCAGAUCAUCAGUAUGCAAAAGCAUAAGACCACUUCAGCAAUAGAUGAACUUAGACCUCAGGAGGUGAUGGUACGAAUAAACGCACGCUGGACAAAUGAGGAACUGCUUUUAGCAGUGCAGGGCGUUAGAAAAUACGGCAAAGAUUUCCAGGCUAUAGCAGAUGUCAUAGGCAAUAAAACAGAAGCUCAUGUACGCAGUUUCUUCGUAAAUUAUCGACGCCGCUACAACUUAGACGAAGUGUUAGCUGAAUUCGAAGCUGAACAUGGCAUGGAAUGUCCAAGAGACAACGACGACGACGAUAUCAAGAUUAUUGAAGAAAAGAUGGACGUGGACAAGCCUGUGGAGAGUUCGGAGGCUUCGAGUGGCCCCACCUCUACUGUUGCCCCUCCUCCUCUGUUAAAACAGCCACAACUCCCCGCACCCCGGUCACAGUCCCAUCCCAGUUUAUUGCCCCAAAAGCACACAAUUCUGCAACAGCCCCCGCCACUUAUCCGGCCUAACCCUAUCCCUGUACCAGCCCAUGGCAAGUCACUGAGUGGGUUAGCAGGAACGCAGAGCCUCAUUGGACGGGAGUGACUGGCUUCACCCCGACCUUAUCAGCAAUAACAUAAUGUCUAAUACAUAUUACAGCCAGGACUUGGUCAAGACAGACAUGUUUUGUAAUGAGAAGCACUGCCUCAACAUCUGACCUCACUGAUUAUGAGCUGUGUGAGCACCGACAAUAUAACAUGAAAUGAUUCGUCCAGCAGAGUUGUCCCAACAUCCGUACGGAGGAUUAUGCGACAGUGUUGUAGCUAUUCACAUGUACUACAUAUGAUUCCUACGUUGCAUGUUGCCAGAGUAGUGUGAGUUUUGCAUACAGAUACAGUAGACAAUGACAGUGGACUAUAUUUACGCGAGUAAGAUCAGUCUGGCUGAACUUGCAUAGUCUCCCACAUUCGCAGACAUUCGCAGAGACACAUUUCCAUUUUGUUUGUUUGUUUUUUUUUUUCAAUGAUUAUAUUGUAUUACAUUUUUUUAAAUAGAAUUUUUAUUUUGUUUCAUUGGGUAUGUCAUUGUGGCACCAAGAACUUCUUUUUAAAUUUUGGUUCUGUCCUUUUUCUUUUUUGCGAAUACACACGGUAUCCUAAUCCACUUUGAAUUACUAAAUACACCAUUGCCAUGCGAGUUAUGCCAAGAAUGCAAAUAUAUAUAUAUAUGUAUAUGUACUUACAUUAUACAGUGAACCUGUCAGCGAGCAGGUCUGCUUUAGUAUGCCGACAGUAAAAAGCAUGUGUUUGUGAGCUGUUUUGAAGAAUAAGUGUGUCGUAUGAAAGUGUACUAGUGGUGAAGUUGUAAAGAUGUCUUGUAUUUUCUACUUGCAAGCUCUCCUAACUUAUUGAGUUAUGAUGCGAGUGAUGUUCCUGGGGAAUGAUAACUCCACAAUUUUGUCAGAUAAUUUAUAUUGACUAAUAGUGUAUAUGAAUGUGUGGUUUACU